GUUAUAAUUAAUUGUGUAUGUGGUAUGGACUGUUAAGCAACAAGUACAGCAUAGUAAUAGUAGCCAACAAAGCUGCAAAAAGAUUUCGGUCCCUGUGUAUAAAUAUGGCCCAAACUCUGUUCAGUCGUGUUGUAUCGAUCAAACUUCCACUAGCUGUGCCAACCCAGUUGAGUCAUAUUGACGAUUUUGAAAUCGGAAAGGUGCUCAUUCUCUCCAAGAGGCCACGAAGAUUCCGACCUCAAAAGAACGAAGACCUCCAGUACACAGGUGUCUCAAUAUCCAGUUUGCUGGAAGAAUCGUGUGUCAAGGAUUUUGAGAUUAUGUCUUCAGCAAGUGUGGAGUUUAUUACAAGCAAAGAAGAUCCUCUCAACCUCAAUUUCGACUUGAGCUCAAAGAGUGCUCUCACGAAAGCUCUGACAAAAUUGCAGUUGAAUAUCAAAGAAGCGAAACAUGCCACCCUUACUGCAGAUUUUGGUCAAGUCAAGUGCUUGGAGGCUAAUGUGCUUUAUUCAUGCUCAACCAAGGAGCUCCGUGUAAAGCUUGAGGACCCGACAAUCAAGAAAGCAAUGGCCACUUCUGAUUCUCUGUUUGUCAUCACUAGUAUCUACCGAGGAGAGCGAUGUCACUUGAAAGUGUCUCUAGGAGGGUCCCAAAAGGAAGUUCUCAGUCGAGACAAGAACACUGUAAUUGCUUACCUGCUCAUGAAACUCUCUGUCGAUCGUAACGGUGUUAUAAAACCUAUGGUCAACAAUGGUCGUCUCAAUGUACUAGUGAAGCACUCCCCUCCAAAGAAUCCUGAUCUUCCCUCUCAGAAUGAGACACCCGGUGAUCAGGCCUCUGAUGAGGUUGACUCUGCAGACCUUAUCCGAGAUAGAGUUUGGAGUCAUGAGUCAAUUGGAGAUUUUCCCGGCUGGACGUUCAUAGACAAACUGGAUCAGAUUUCAGAAGAAAUUCCAGAGCAGAGUGAACAACAAGUGUCUGGAGCCACUGGUUUGUCUGGUGGGGCCCAGCCUGUAGUGGAGGAGGUGAUGGUCAAGAAGGUUACUAACCUCUCUAGUAUUCCCGACCACCUAUCACCAGAAGACAAUGAAGAAGUUCCCAUGAAUCCCCAGUUGGAUCAGCGCUAUGUGUACAGUCUCAAAGAUUUCCAGCCUUUUGAGAGCAUCACUUAUGAUGGUAUACACACUGAGGUACAGCAGUGGAUAAAGCCUUUGGUGUCAAACAAGAAACUGCAUUCCCUCUUCCUCGAAUACGUGGCUCCACCGAAAACUCCGGAAAAACUGCAAAAAUUGUCACAAUUUCUUUUGGAUUAUGGAAAAGCUCUUCGUCAUCAAAAACCAGGUCCAGCUAACACCCCUGCUCCCUUAGAGCCAAUCUUGUCUGCCCUUAAUGUGGAGUGGGGCGUACGACUGGACGAGGUGUCAUCUGUCAUCAUUGUGUGUGAAGCUCUCAGAGAGUUCCCUCAGCACAUUGUCAAGAAGGCCAUUCAGCUCCCCGCUGAGAAGAGGACCACUUUGGUGGAUUUUGUUCGUUCCACUCCCUAUGGAGGUGAUAAGCACGUCUACAUUGAUGAGGGACCAUUCCGUGAUCUGGAUCUCAACCCCUUCAUGACUCGUAUGGGCUUCAGUAUCCCCCCUCCCAGCAACAAGCUCGUGUUGGACCUGAGUCAUGAGGAGAACGAGGACAGACUGUCAGCUGGUAUGAUCUUGCUGCUUUCCACACAAGAACAGUAGAACAGCAACAAACAUUGCCGUUUAUGUGUAUGAUGUGUAUGAUGUGGUAGGGCGCUUGAAUAUAAUAUUUCUGUGUCGAUCGUUUUUUUUUUACAGA